UUGCCUAUUUAUUAAAUACUCCUGUGGCGCAGGCCGAACUGCACAGAGGAUGGAAGCAAUGGUGGCCGUGGCUGUGCUUGUGCCUUGGCUAGCAUGGCUCAUCGUCUCUUUCCUUUCCCUCUACCUCCUCAGCCUGCUCGCGCACGCGCGCUCCGGCCUCCCUCCGGGCCCCCGCCCACUGCCGCUCAUCGGCAGUAUCCACCUUCUCGGCGACAAGCCGCACCGCUCUCUUGCUCGCUUAGCCAAGAUCCACGGCCCGCUCAUGUCCAUCCGCCUCGGCACGGUCACCACGGUCGUCGUCUCCUCCCCCGCCAUGGCCCGGGAGUUCCUGCAGAGGCAUGACUCCGUGCUCGCCACCCGGUCCGUGCCUGACGCCACCGGCAAGCACGCGGUAGGCUCCGUCGCUUGGCUGCCCCCCGUGCCACGGUGGCGCGCGCUCCGCAAGAUAAUGGCAACGGAGCUGUUCGCGCCGCAGCGGCUCGACGCGCUCCACCACCUCCGGAGCGACAAAGUGAGGGAGCUCACGGACCACGUCGCGCGGCUGGCGCGCGAGGGCACGCCGGUGAACAUCGGCCGCGUGGCCUUCACGACGAGCCUGAACCUUGUCUCCCGAACCAUCUUCUCCAUCGACCUCACGAGCCUCGGUGACCACGGCCGCUCCAAGGAGUUCCAUGAGGUGAUCACGGGCAUCAUGGAAGGCUUGGGGACCCCCAACGUGUCGGACUUCUUCCCGGUGCUGGCGCCGGCCGACCUGCAGGGCAUGCGCUGGCGGUUGGCGCGGCUGUUUGCACGGCUGCACGCCGUGUUCGACGCCGAGGUGGACCAGAGGCUGCGCGGCCGCGACGCCGGCCAGCCCAGGAAGAACGACUACCUCGACGUGCUGCUCGACUUGGCGGCGAGUGAGGAUCGGAAGGACCUGCUCGACCGUGAGACGCUACGCUCACAUUUUACGGAUUUGUUUGCUGCUGGUAGUGAUACCAACUCUAGCACAGUGGAAUGGGCAAUGACCGAGCUUCUCCAAAACCGAUCAUCAAUGGCUAAGGUUUGUGACGAGCUUGCGCAAGUUAUCGGCGUAAGAAAAAACAUUGAAGAAGCUGACAUUGCUCGGUUGCCCUAUCUUCAAGCUGUCAUAAAAGAGACUCUUCGACUCCACCCUCCUGCUCCAUUGUUGUUGCCACGCCAAGCAAAAACAACUGUCAAAAUAGAAGGUUACACAAUACCCAUGGAUUCACGCUUGUUCAUAAACGUAUGGGCAAUAGGACGAGAUAAAGAUGUGUGGACUAAACCUUAGAAGUUUAUGCCGGAGAGGUUCUUGGGAUCGACUAUUGACUUUAGGGGUAUGGAUUUUGAGCUCCUUCCAUUUGGUGCGGGGCGUCGGAUCUGCCCUGGAAUAACAUUGGCAAUUCGGAUGGUGCAUGUGAUGCUCGCUUCAUUGUUAAAUCAAUUUAGGUGGAGUCUCCCUGUUGAGAUGGAACAUGAUGGGAUUGAUAUGGAAGAUCAGUUUGGCAUUACACUAGCGAAGGUCGUGCCUCUUUGUAUUAUAGCAACACCAAUUUGAUCCGAUAAGAAAUUGCAACAUUGUUAAGAGUGGAUUAGAUGUUGUUAAUGUGUAAUAAUUUAAAUGAAUGGACCAUGUGAUUUGUACCAUUAUUUAUGUGACAACUUCCAUAUUCUCUCAUAGUUCCAA